AUGGUUCAAAUUUCAGCACUUCCCAUUGUUUUUCCCCGCAAUUUUCUCGACCGCGCCACGUCGCCCCCUGCGCGGCCACACCAUAAAACCCCGCUAUUCCCCUCCAACCUCCACUCGGCACUCGACCACUCUCCCCUGCCCUCCCCUGCCCUGCCUACCUACUCCUCCACCACCACCGCCGCGGCCAUGGACGACAUCGCCGAGCCCGGCUCCCCGACCUCCCCAACGGCCACCUCUUCCUCGUCUUCAUCGUCGUCUUCUUCCUCGGUCGCCGCGAACAAGCGCCCGCGCAAGGACAGCCGGCACCCGACCUACCACGGCGUACGCAUGCGGAGCUGGGGCAAGUGGGUGUCCGAGAUCAGGGAGCCCCGCAAGAAGUCCCGCAUCUGGCUCGGCACCUUCGCCACCGCGGAGAUGGCCGCGCGGGCCCACGACGUGGCGACUCUCGCCAUCAAGGGCCGCGCCGCGCACCUCAACUUCCCGGACCUCGCCCACCUGCUGCCCCGCCCGGCCAGCGCCGCGCCCAAGGACGUCCAGGCGGCCGCCAUACUCGCCGCCUCCGCCGACUUCCCCUGCGGCGCCAGUGCCAAUGCCAAGAGCCCCGACAGCGGCUCCGAUGCCAGCGCAGCCUCGCCGCCGCCGCCGCCUCCGCCGCACGCCGAGCUGGUCCCGGACCCAGAAGACGCCCUGUUCGACCUUCCCGACCUGCUCCUGGACCUGAGAUAUGAGGCCUCGGCGGGCCUCCCGUGCGCGUCGUCCUGGGUGGUCGACGAGGACAUCGUCGGCGCCGGCGUGUUCCGCCUCGAGGAGCCACUCCUGUGGGAGUACUGA